AUGAGCUCCUCUGAGGAAGACAUUCCUCUCGUGCGCGCCAACGGCCGCGCCAAUGCCACUUCCUCAACCAAGUCUCCCAUGACAAACGGCGAUCUCGAUCCCGGCAUGUCAGUUCGCUUCGGCCCCGUGCGAGGCAAAGACGUUGAAAUGAAGGACGUGGAUGGGCCUGCCCUGAGCAAGCGCAAGUCUCGGGCAAGCAUUGACAACAAGAAGUCAUAUGCCGAGCCUGAGAGCAGCGAAGAUGACCAGCCCUUGAGCAAACGCCGGCGAACCUCGGUCAAACAUGAAGACCCUGAAUCGGAUGAUGACGUCCCUCUGGCCCUCAACGGACGGAAGCUUCCAAAGGCUUCUGAGACCGCUAUUGGCGAAGAAUCCGAUUCCGACGUCCCAAUUGAGCGGAAACUCACCGCGCAGAAGAAGAAGAUUGAGAAGCGGGCCGAGAAGGUGGCCACCCUUGCGCGCAAGCCCUCAGCCUCCAAAGCCAAACCUGUGGCUACGGCCAAGAAGGCAGUAAAUGGCGUCAAGAAGGAACCCGGGAAUGACAAGUCUUCUGUGAAGAAAGUCAAGGCCGAACCGAUUUCUCCGAAGAAGAGCAAAGCCAAGGUGAAGGCAGAGAGUGAGGAUGUGGAAGAAGGGGAGGAAGACUAUCGCUGGUGGGAAGACCCUACCAAUGGCGAUGGGACCAAGAAGUGGACGACCCUUGAACACAACGGUGUCGUCUUCCCUCCGCCAUACGAGCCCUUGCCCAGCCAUGUCAAGUUGAGGUACGAUGGUGUCCCCGUAACUCUCCAUCCCGAGGCCGAGGAAGUUGCUGGCUUCUUCGGAAGCAUGCUCAACUCGACGCACAACGUGGAGAACCCUGUCUUCCAAAAGAACUUCUUUACGGAUUUCAAAGACAUCCUCAAGAAAACCGGUGGUGCCAAGGAUUCCAAGGGCAACAAGGUCGACAUCAAAGAGUUCGCCAAAUGUGACUUCAAGCCUAUUUUUGAGUACUAUGAUGCACAGCGCGAGGAGAAGCGGAAUCUGCCUGCAGCUGAGAAGAAGCGUCUGAAGGCGGAGAAGGAUGAACAAGAAGCUCCCUACAUGACAUGCAUUUGGGAUGGGCGUCAACAAAAAGUCGGCAACUUCCGUGUGGAACCGCCCUCGCUGUUCCGUGGCCGAGGUGAACACCCAAAGACUGGACGCGUGAAGACCCGCGUGCAACCUGAGCAAGUCACUAUCAAUAUUGGCAAAGAAGCUAAAGUCCCCCCGCCACCUCCCGGUCACAAGUGGAAGGAGGUGAAGCAUGACCAGGAGGGCACGUGGCUUGCGAUGUGGCAGGAGAACAUUAAUGGUAACUACAAAUAUGUCAUGCUGGCUGCCAAUUCCGAUGUCAAGGGCCAAAGCGACUACAAGAAGUUCGAGAAAGCCCGCGAGCUCAAGAAGCACAUCGACAAGAUUCGCAGGGACUAUACGAAGAACAUGAAGAACGACCUCAUGGUGGAACGUCAGAAGGCAACUGCGGUCUAUCUUAUUGACAAAUUUGCUCUGCGUGCUGGCAACGAGAAGGGUGAAGACGAGGCAGAGACCGUCGGCUGCUGCUCGCUGAAGUACGAGAACAUUACUCUAAAGCCACCUCAGACCGUCGUCUUCGACUUCCUGGGUAAAGAUAGUAUUCGGUUCUACGAUGAAGUUACGGUUGACCCUCAAGUUUUCAAGAACUUGAAGAUCUUCAAGAAGGCGCCCAAGAAGAAUGGAGACGAGAUCUUUGACCGUCUGACUACUUCCGCCCUCAACAAGCACUUGCAGAACUACAUGACUGGCCUUACCGCCAAGGUGUUCCGUACUUACAAUGCUUCCUUUACCAUGAGCGAAUUGCUCAAGGACUUGAAGGCCUCUGGCACGGUUCCCGAGAAGAUCAAGGCCUACAACGAUGCUAACCGCCGGGUCGCCAUUCUGUGUAACCACAAGCGGACAGUUGGAGCUGCUCACGCCAAUCAGAUGGAGAAGAUGAGUGAACGCAUCAAGGGACUCCGCUUUGAAAGGUGGCGAUUGAAGAUGCAGAUGCUCGACCUAGAGCCUUCCCUAAAGAAGAAGAAGGGUGCUUCUUUCUUCGAGCUUGAUGAGGACUUGACCACCGAGUGGGUGAAGGAAUACCAAGCUUUCAAGGUCGAGGAGACAACUCAAAAGAUCACGAAGAAGUUUGAAAAGGACAAUGAGAAACGUGUGGCGGAUGGCGAGAAGGCAAUGAAGGCAUCAGAGCUUACUGAACGCCUGAGUGCCGUCAAAGACCUGGAGAAGAAAUACAACAAAGAGAACAAGACCGGAAAGGUUGAGGCUGAAGGUCGUGGUCCUACUGUCGAAAAAAUCGAGGGCAACAUCAAAAAGCUGGAGCAGCGCAUUGAUACAAUGUUGCUUCAGGCCCAGGAUAAGGAAGACAACAAGGAGGUUGCCUUGGGUACCUCAAAAAUUAACUACAUCGACCCUCGCCUCACGGUCGUGUUCAGUAAGAAGUUCAACGUGCCCAUCGAGAAAUUCUUCUCCAAGGCUCUCCGUGAGAAGUUCGAAUGGGCCAUCAAAUCCGUUGAUGAGGACUGGGAAUUCUGA